AAGAGAGCGCGAGACAACGCGUGCAUCUCCGAGCUCAGCGCCAGCGGAGGAAUAUCCCAGUUGUUAUUUAUUCUUCGGCUUGUUGUUCAUUUUCUAUUUUAUGAUUAACCCACGCUCUCACGUGUGAACCCAUCCAAAGACAGACAGACGUCUCAAAAGUACUUCAUCUCUGGUGGCUUUGGACGAAUACCUUGUGUGGCGUUUUUUUCGUUCAAAAAACAAGAGAGAAACAGCAAAAAAGGGAAACAACCUGCAUUACGUUUCGUCAAGCUUGAAGGUUGAUAACCUGAACACUUUUUAUGGAGAUCCAACUUAAUCUGUGAUUGCAAAUGUUACUGACUACACCACUUCUACACCCACUAAUUUUAGUAUGGUGAUGCUAAACUGGACUUCUAGAAACUUGUGAAUUUUGGAAGAGGUAUAACUGUUCAAACUUUAGGCAUUCUUGGAUCACCAUCUCUUCAGCUUUGCAAGGGGAAAAAAAAUAAUGGAACUGGUGAUACCUUAAAGUGAUAAGCACAGAUAGUACUAAGAUCUAGUGUCUUCACAGAUUAGAGGUAUUAAGUCAUGAUGCAGGAAUCCGCGACAGAGACAAUAAGCAACAGUUCAAUGAAUCAAAAUGGAAUGAGCACUCUAAGCAGCCAAUUAGAUGCUGGCGGUAGAGAUGGAAGAUCAAGUGGUGACACGAGCACUGAAGUAAGCACAGUUGAACUGCUGCAUCUGCAACAACAGCAGGCAAUACAAGCAGCACGGCAGCUUCUUUUGCAGCAGCAAAACAGUGGAUUAAAAUCUCCAAAGAAUAACGACAAACAGCGACCACUGCAGCAGGUGCCUGUGUCAGUGGCCAUGAUGACUCCCCAGGUGAUCACCCCACAGCAAAUGCAGCAAAUUCUUCAGCAGCAGGUACUGUCACCACAACAACUCCAGGCCCUUCUUCAGCAGCAGCAAGCAGUCAUGUUACAACAGUACAUUGAAGCACAAGAGACAUUUAAGAAAACUGACACAGUCACAGUGAAGCAAAGCACCCACCCUUUCAGUGUGCUUCAGCAACAUCUUCAGGAGUUUUACAAGAAGCAGCAGGAACAGUUGCACCUUCAACUGCUACAACAACAGCAUCCCGGAAAGCAGGCAAAGGAGCAACAGCAACAGCAGUUAGCCGCCCAGCAGCUUGUCUUCCAGCAGCAGCUCCUUCAGAUGCAACAGCUUCAGCAACAGCAGCACCUUCUUAACCUGCAGCGUCAGGGCCUUAUAUCCAUGCCUCCUGGACAGUCAGCGCUUCCUGUUCAGUCUUUGCCACAAGCAGGAUUAAGUCCUGCUGAAAUUCAGCAGUUAUGGAAAGAAGUGACAGGGGUUCACAAUAUGGAAGAUAGUGGCAUUAAACAUGGAGGCCUUGACCUCACAACAAACAAUUCUUCCUCUUCUACCUCCACUACCAAUUCCAAAGCGUCACCGCCAGUUACCCAUCAUUCCAUUGUAAAUGGCCAGUCUUCACUCCUCAGCACAAGAAGAGACAGCAGCUCGUUACACGAGGAGACUGGAGCCUCACAUUCUCUCUAUGGUCAUGGAGUGUGCAAAUGGCCUGGCUGUGAAAACAUCUGUGAAGAUUUUGGACAAUUUUUAAAACACCUCAACAGUGAACAUGCUCUGGAUGACAGAAGUACUGCACAAUGUCGAGUUCAAAUGCAAGUUGUGCAACAGUUAGAAAUCCAGCUUUCAAAGGAACGUGAGCGACUCCAAGCAAUGAUGACCCACUUACACAUGCGACCUUCAGAGCCCAAACCAUCUCCAAAACCUCUGAAUUUGGUGUCAAGUGUCACAAUGUCUAAGAAUAUGUCGGAGACAUCCCCGCAGAACUUACCUCAAACUCCAACCACACCAACAGCUCCAGUCACCCCACUUACCCAGGGACCUUCUGUCAUCACCCCAGCCAGUGUGCCCAGUGUAGGAGCAAUCCGAAGACGACAUUCAGAUAAAUACAACAUUCCAUUGUCAUCAGGUGAUGACACGCUAUUUAUUUUUCCAGAGAUUGCCCCAAACUAUGAGUUUUAUAAGAAUGCAGAUGUCAGACCUCCAUUUACUUAUGCAACUCUCAUAAGGCAGGCUAUCAUGGAAGCAGCUGACAGGCAGUUAACACUUAAUGAAAUUUACAGCUGGUUUACACGGACAUUUGCCUACUUCAGGCGUAAUGCAGCAACUUGGAAGAAUGCUGUACGGCAUAACUUGAGUCUGCACAAGUGUUUUGUACGUGUAGAAAAUGUUAAAGGGGCAGUUUGGACAGUGGAUGAGGUGGAGUACCAGAAGCGGAGGUCACAGAAGAUAACAGGAAGCCCCACAUUAGUUAAAAACUUACCUACUAGUCUUGGGUAUGGAGCAGCUCUUAAUGCAAGCUUACAGGCUGCACUAGCAGAAAGUAGUUUACCUUUACUUGGAAAUCCAGGGCUAUUAAACACCAGCUCCAGUGGAUUACUGCAGACAACUCACGAAGACCUCAAUGGUUCAUUAGACCAUCUUGACACCAAUGGCAACAGUAGUCCAGGAUAUUCACCUCCACCUCAUAUGCAUCCUAUUCAUGUCAAAGAAGAACCAUUAAACACAGAAGAUGAAGAGUGUCCAAUGUCGUUAGUGACAACAGCCAAUCACAGUCCAGAACUUGAAGAGGACAGAGAAAUUGAAGACGAAAAUUUAUCCGAGGACCUGGAAUAACAAGGGACUUGAGUACCUUCAGCCACAGGGUCACAUAAUGGACAUCCAUAACCACUCCACUAUAAAAAAAAAAAUAUAUAUGGCAGACUCUUACUGUGACUAUUUAUUGAGCAUGCAUCAAGGAGACGGACUAAAGGAACUAUUUGUUACAGACCUUUGGAACCAAGUAACAGCAAGCAUAAAAUGCUUGUUUUUUUUAACCUAUAAAGACUGAUUUCAUAACAGACUUAAAAUGGCUUGGGCCAUAUAAGAAAUUGGCUACCAAGGUUCAAGGAUUGGACAUACACAAGGAAGUCUGUUCUGUAGAAAGUUAAAGGCCUCAUAUACUGCCAAAAAUAGUGUUAGUUUCAUUCAGUGUGAAUUUCCAAUCUAACAGCAGUUGUUUAUGUUAGAAACAAUUGCUGGUCAGUUCAAGUUGUUGCUGUUUUAUCAUUUGCACAGGAGUAGUAUCAGAAAUUAGUGUCACUGCCUGUAUGUAGCUGAAAUAUUGAGUGGACCAUUAGAGAUUUUUUUUCUUUUUGUCUCCUUUUGUUCUCUUUCUCCAUAUCUCUCUUUUUU